AGUUCUGCAGAGGACCAAGGCUCUUCCAGAAACCACGAAAUGGUGAGCUGUGAAUGUUUGUUAAAGGAAGGGUUUGUUUAAGUCCAGCCCCAGUUAUAAAUUUACAGGAUCUUAACUUUGUGCCAUGUAAACAGCAGCAGCUACAAGAUGGCUAAGAAAUCACUUGCCAGACAGCUCUAUCAAAUCUAACAGAGGAGUAAGAGAGCUGAAUUUUAUGAGGAGGUACAGAAAAUGUCAUGUGAAGAAAUGAAGGGUUUCCGAAUCCUGCUGUCUGGGUUGCCUCAGAAAGUGAAGAUGAAUGCUUUGGUGGAAGAAGAGGGUGGCUGCACACUCUGAAUUUUCUGGCAUGGAUCUGUAUGAGGAUUACAAAUCACCUUUUGAUUUCAAUGCUGGAGUGAACAGAAAUUAUCUUUACCUGUCGCCUAGCAUAAACCUUUCUCCACCUGGAUCUCCUACACUGGCAAAGUCUGGGCUGCUGAGAAGUGACUCUAUACCUGAGGUUGGAGAGGAUGCUGCUGCUUCAGUUGGUAUGGCAGAAACACUCUCAGAAGAAGAACAGGAUGAGCUAAGAAAAGAGCUUGCUAAGGUAGAAGAGGAAAUCCAGACACUCUCACAGGUGCUAGCUGCCAAAGAGAAGCAUCUGGCAGAAAUAAAGAGAAAGCUGGGAAUUAACUCAUUACAGGAACUAAAGCAGAACAUCACCAAAGGCUGGCAAGAUGUUACAUCAACCACAGCAUACAAGAGGACAUCAGAAACCCUGUCUCAGGCUGGCCAGAAGGCUUCUGCUGCGUUUUCAUCUGUUGGUUCAGUCAUAACCAAGAAGUUUGAGGAUGUCAGAAAUUCUCCUACUUUCAAAUCCUUUGAGGAAAAAGUUGAAAGCUUAAAGUCUAAAGUUGGGGGAAGCAAACCUGCUGGAGGAGACUUUGGAGAAGUUCUCAACUCUGCUGCCAAUGCCAGUGCCACAGAAACUAUUGCAGAACAGACACAGGAGGAGACCCACUGAGAUUCGUGCCUCUGUCCUGCUGUACCCACUGCCAGAUGCUGCAAGCAAGAACUAAGCACACUUGUAACAUUCUUUGCGCUCUCUCCACCAGAUGUGCUUUUAUUUAGCACGUAGCUGUUUUACCAGGUUAACUGAUACCAGGCUUGUUUGUGGGUUCAAAAUAUUUUUGAAACUAAAAUACAUUGUUUGGGGUUUUAUGUGGGAAGGGGAAUUUUUAUGCCUUUCAAGCAUUUGAAGGACUUAUCUGUAAUUUGAAGGCAACCUUUAAAAUAUAGCAAUGAAGAAAACUCUUUUGAGAAGUUAAUUAUACUGUACAUAUACUGUGGAUACAUAAUUUCUUUUGAAUCUAUAACUACUGCUCAACUUAAUGGUUGUGAAUAUACUGCUGCUGCCAAACUGAAGCUUGCUACUUCGCUCCCUUGUGAUCAUUUCAGCUUAAGUGUUGCCUGCAUGGGACACUGGAGUAGGAGGAUCAGUCCCAGCUCAAGAAAGGACUUCUGUUUCAGCAGGUUGUAAAGUUACUCAUAGCAGCAUUACAUAUGGUUAAGAAGUAUAUCGCUUUAUUACCAUGUUCCUUGUUCAACAGAUGUGGAUAGGCAAUACAUAACAUCUAAAAGUUACUGCUUUGUCUGUGGAUUAUCCACCUAGGAAACUUGUGACCCAUCACAAAUGGAAGCAAGAUGCCUAGUACUGCUGGUUGGGUUCAGUUACAGUAACAUUUUGCAGUUUGUUUUUCUGCACAUGAUGUUAAUGGCUAAGAUACACUCUUCUGAACUUCUAGUCAGUCGUGAAAUAGGUUUGUCUUAGUUCACACACAUUUACACUAACAAAGCAUGGACUAUAACAAGCUGGAGGAUGAAAUUGGUUCUUCUUUAGGCAGCAAGAGAAUUGCUCUCAAAUGCUAAUGUUGUUUCCCUUAUAGGCUGACCAUCAAAAACAUCUGCUAUACCACCUUACCUUUUUUUUCUAAGUGUUCCAAGGCCUGUAUCACUCGCAUACCUAUUCCUGUCUAAGACCCCAGAAAUCUGUUUUGAGAGGUGCACAGUGUCAUAGCUCUCGUACAAGAUCUGUUUUCCUACAUCUUGCUUUAUCUGAUGUAUGCUUCAAAUUUCUUGUAUUUUGUAUGCUUAUGGCACAUGGUGUCAGUGUGGUUAGAGCUUUUGGCAAGUAUUUUAUCACCGUGCUUAGAACUGGAAACAAGUUUUGAAUCAUCAGUGUGAAUUCCUGAAACUUCAACUGCCACAGAUGUCUGGAUGGAAAAAAAGUUGGCUCCUGACAACCUUGUUCGCAUGUCAGAUGUAGUAUAUAUGCUUAAUUACAUGUGAGAAACUUAAUAAAAACCU